UUUUUAAAAUGAUUUUUGUCUUUGGAACGACUGGGUGUUAAUUUUCCUGCACCUGCCAAGUGUUUGAAGGAAUGCAUGAAUGAAUUUAAUAGUUGAAUUUUUUUUCAAUAGUCUCGUUGACUGCAUAUCUUUCUUUCAAUACUGUUUUAUGGGUCCUUAUUAGUGCACUAGUACAGGUUUAACAGGGUUUUACUAUAUAUUUAUCAGCUUCUGGUUAUCAACCCAUCAGUGUUGAGAGGAAAGUGGUUGUUAGUUUUUCAUUUUAAUGACCAGGAUUGCCUUUUCGCAAACCUAAACAUAUAAUGUAGUUGUAGCAUGCUCUUUUUAUUGUCUGUGUCGCUGUAACAUGUUGAAUUUGUUUUUCAUACGCAGCCUAGUUUACCACUUCUGGACAUAUGUUCACAUUUUUUGUUGGCUAACUAAGUAUUUUAACCUUAUCCGAUCUAAUUAAUUAAGUAAAGCUCUUGCUCUGAUAUUCUGAACAUAACUUAUUCUAGUAGCGAAUACCUGUUUCAUUUGGUUUUGAAAGAUAAUAUUGGAAAUUCUUGCUUCUGAUUAAAUCGUUUUGUAUAUUUUGUUGCUUUCCUGCAUCUAUCGUGGCAAUAACAUUUUCUUGCAAGAUCAAAGCUGAUGGAUGUUGCUGAAAGGAGUAGUCAUCGUAUUCAUUUUGUAGUCUACACUCAGUGCUAUGAUGACUGAUUUUAUACAAAAUUUUCAACCCAUCGCUUUAAAUACAAUGGAAACCAUCAUACUUGCAUAUGUGUGUACGAGGAGCAGUAGGAGCAAACACUAGGAGGGUUAUGAAGACUAUAAUUAGGGACGUUCAAGAAACCAAACGAAGCACAUUUAGUUGAUGAAAUCAUAGGGUUUCAAGAAGGCUCUGUUAUCAGGUUUAUCUUGGACUAUUCAAGUUUCACAACUGAACAGUUCAAUGCAGAAAACUACUGGAAAUAUUGUAGGCCAAUUCUUAGGUGGUUUAAAUUGUUAUCUAAGAAGAUGUAUGUUUGCCAUUUUAUCUGUGGGUCCUGUGCCAAGUCAUAUUGCUUUCAUCAUGGAUGGAAAUCGAAGGUAUGCAAAGAAGAAAAACAUGGAAGAAGGUGAUGGCCACAAGGCUGGAUUUAAUGUUCUCACGUCCCUUCUUAGAUACUGCUAUGAGUUAGGAGUGAGGUAUGUAACUGUCUAUGCAUUCAGCAUUGAUAACUUCAAAAGGAAGUCUACAGAAGUUCAGUCCUUGAUGGAACUGAUGCAGAAAAAGAUUGAGGAAUUGCUUGAACAAGAAAGUCUCAUUAAUGAGUAUGGUGUUAGAUUACAUUUCAUUGGAGACAUGCAACUAUUGACAGAGCCUGUCAGGGCUGCUGUGGAGAAGGCAACGAGAGUUACUGCCCACAACAACCAGAGAGUUCUUUUGAUUUGUGUAGCGUAUACUUCUCGUCACGAGAUUGUGCAUGCUGUUCAAGAAUGUUGCAAGGAAAAAUUGAAUGAAGUUCAAACGAGAAAAAAAGUGAAAGUUACAAAUGGUGCGUUUUCAAGAAUUGAUCAGGUCCUGAAAGGAAAUGAUUUUGAUUUGCUUUCUCAAGAUUCAUGUAAAGAAUAUCCAAAUGCAACCAAAGCUUGCAGUGCUGAAGUAGAAACUGCUGCAAGGAAAGAGGGUUUGUUUGAGAAUAAUAUCGAGAAUCAUAUCGGUAACUAUACUGAAGCUGAAACGAGAUCAUGCAAUGGGCUGGUUGAAUUGACUGAAGAGAGAAAGGAUAUACAGGAUGAGGUUCCUUUUAUAAAACUUGCGGAUAUUGAGAAGAACAUGUACAUGGCAGUUGCACCUGACCCAGACAUCUUGAUCCGAUCUUCUGGAGAAGCUCGCCUCAGUAAUUUUCUACUUUGGCAGACAAGUACAUGCCCUUUAUAUGCACCAACUGCACUUUGGCCUGAAAUUGGUCUCAGACACUUGAUCUGGGCAGUAUUGAACUUUCAGAGACACUACUUUUAUUUGGAAAAGAAAAAGAAACAGUCUUAAGUGUAUCCUUACCGGCCAAAAUCCAGAAUAUGUGGCAACAGGUAAAUUAUAUCUGCACACAAUUGGAAAUUAGAGCAGCUUAGUACAUGACCCUAAACAAUGUCCUUCAAUUUAAUUUCACUAGAUUUUUAAUGUUAUUAUAAUUUGUUGAAAAGGGGGUUGUCCUUUUUUGUAAACAUAUUAAUUAACUUAUGUUUUUUUGUAGACACCCUAUAUGCUAUACCACACUCCACAUGUAUAAAUCAUAAGAAACUCAAAGAAGCGAGAAAAUAGGUUUCGUUUGUAUUGCAUGGUAUGAUGGGUAGUCACAUAAAUGUGACUAUUCCUUGUGUGGAACCAGAAAAUUCGUUUCGUUGAAAACUAUCAAAUAAAGGUAUGGUCUUUCCCCA